AUGCCGGUGCCGCGCGUGGAGAAGGCGGUUUCGCGUCCCUCCGGGGGCGUCUCCGCCGCGUUGAAGAAUUUGCCGUCGAAUCGAGAACGCGUCCAGAACGUCAAUCGCAACGCCACGGAGCUAUUGAUGGAACUCAAUAGCAGUCCAAAAGCCCAAUUGAAACUAGACAAGGUGCGGGAACUCCUCGAAAACGUUCGAGCCCUCACCAACGACCUCUCAUUGCUCCCCCUGCACGACUGGCAGCAGGAGCUCCAGUCCCUCCGCAAUGACCUCUCCAAGGAGAUCCACGACGCUGUCAAGGCAGCGACGGAGCCUCCAUCUCGCAUGGGCACUGCCACUUGGGCCCAGGGAGCUGCGCGCGCGCCAGCGCCAGCUCAUCAGCUGUCGCUUCCCCUAUCAUCGAAUGCCACAUCCGCCGCACCGAUCACAACACGUGACCGGGAUGUGAUCAUCUGCCUCAACAGCCGCGACCAGGUGAACAGAUAUCGCGGUAAGCCAUCCGAGGAGAUGAAAGAUUACGCCAAUAAGGUACGCGCGGAGUAUGCGAAGGAUACCCGGACCGCUACCUUGGCCACGGUGAUGGUGAAGGCAGUUCGCCAGUUGAAGUCGGGUGAUCUCCGGCUCACAGUGCGCGACGCCCGGGAGGCCCAGGUGAUGCGGCUGCAUCGCGACAUCUGGGUCAGGGGCUUCGGCUCCACAGCCUUCGUCCACAUGCCGACUUGGGGGGCCAUCGUGCACGGUGUACAGGUACGCUCUUUGGUGGAUAAGCCGACGAUUCAGGCCUUGCGGGAGGCGCAGGGGAGCAUUGCGGUAGCGAUGGUGGCGGAGAACUCCCGAUAUUGGGGGAAGGAUGUCACUAUCACCAAGAUUAAUUGGCUGCGGGUGCCGAAGGAGGGGGCAAAGCUGGCCUCAGUGAUCCUCGAAUUCAGCAGCCCCAAGUCAGCGAACAAAGCUAUCGAAGAGGGCGUGCUCUGGGAUUCGAAUCGGUAUCAGGCGCUCCUGUAUGACAGGGGUCUCCGUGUGCGACAAUGCUUCAACUGUCAACAAUUUGGACACAUAGGAACCUCCUGUGCCGAUAAAACAAGAUGCGUGUAUUGCACGGGGGAGCAUCAAUCUCGAGAUUGCACCUCCCACAAACACAAUGAGAACAGCUGGAAGUGCGCCAAUUGCGGGGGCGCACACGCAGCAUGGAGUGAGGAGUGUCCAGCGAGGGUCGCAGAGAUCGAUCGACUGACGGCUGCGGCCAAGCAACGCCCACGGUUUCACCCGGUGCCUGCUGAGUUCAGCUAUCAUGAACCCUCGGUCUCCUUGCCCCUGCCAUCACUCAGCUCUAUGGGAACACCGCAGGUGUCAUCAACUGAAGAAACAACCAGCGGUACGACAGGUAGCGCUGUCGCAUCGGCCGCACGCUCCAGUAACGGGGAGCAACGCACCAGUGCAACCAGGACGAGCAGUGGGAUCCAGGGAAAAUCUGCAAAGAAAACUGUGGCAAAAGCGCCAUCUAAGCAGACUAAGAAGGCUCCACAAGUUACUGUGGAAGAUAAAAUAGGAGGACUAGAGCUGGCAGUGUCUGAGGUACAGCAGGAAACUCAACGGAGAGUGACCGAACCGCAUCGGACAUCGCCAGCAGCUGGAACGAGCAGUGGAAUCCAGGGAAAGUCUAAGGCGCGGUCCAAGCAGACCAAGAAAAAGCCCCAGAAAGCCAAGGAAACCACUGUUGAAGAAGAGGAAUGGGAGGAUAUGAUGGAUGUGGAAGUGCCCGAGCUGCAACUCAACGCACAACCAUCCAUUGCAUUCUCCAACAGUCAGGAACAUAUUACCUUCUGUGCCCAGAAACCACCCAAUACCAAGAAACAGAAACAGUGCAGCGAGCCUGCAAGAAAGAGAGCAGGUAGACGAUCUGAGAGGUUUAUCAAUAAACUAGAAAGCGCAAAUCAGAAAGAGACUGGAGAAGCAGAGGAGACAGAGGAAGCAGGGGAAGUAGACUUCACAGAAUCAGAAAAACAACUUAAGGAGGACCUCGCCCGGAGUGAUACCAACUAUCAGCCAUCAUCACUUCCAGAUAUGACCACCAGGGGCCAAAAGCGGAAGCAGCCUGUGAGCGAGUCGGAGCUCUCAUACCGAGGAACCAGGAUCAGUCUGCGUCAACGCCAAAUCAAAGCAACCAAAACCAAGGCAACUAACACCCCUACCCCCGAUUCUAAUGAAUAA